AGACCUGUACAAUGUUCCUCUAGGUUAUGCGCAACCGCAAAAUCCGCAUUGAUGUAGCGGAAGGUGGAGAGGGUGGUCAGAGAAGAGGUUUCUCAGACCGUGGACCUCGAGAUGAAGAUCGCAUGGAGCGCAGCGAAGGGGUCUCUGACUGGAGGGCAGCACCUAGAGAUGCCCCGUCGCGCGAUGGAGGAAGAGAUGACCGCAGUCCUGGCCGAGGAGGUUAUGACCGUGACCGGCGUGAUGAUCGUGGAUAUGGCGACCGUGACCGCGGUGGAUUUGGUGAUCGUGAUCGUGGUGGCUUUGGCGACCGUGAUCGUGGUUUUGGUGACCGCGACCGAGAUCGUGACCGCUAUGGAGAUAGAGACCGUGGUGGUGGUUUUGGGGAUAGAGACCGAGGGUUCAGGGACAGAUACGGAGACAGAGGGUUUGACAGGGACAGAGGCUAUGACAGGGAUAGAGGCUAUGAAAGAGAUAGAGGUAAGCAAUCCCUAAGUCUGGGUAAUGCAUAGCUAAAUUCCCUAUGC